AUGUCGAUUCUUCUCCCUCUUUACAUCUAUCCCACGCCAGGCGCGUGGGAUCCGCUUUAUGCAGCUGCGCAAGCGCAUCGAAACGUCGACUUCACCGUCAUCCUCAACCCUUGCUCCGGCCCAUGUUUAGGCAGCCUACCAGACCAAGUAUACCUCGACGAGGUACCAAAGCUACGGUUACACCCAAACAUACGAACGCUUGGAUAUGUUGCGACGCACUACACAGACAAGCCGAUCGAGUCAGUGUUGGCAGAGAUUGACAUCUAUUCGAGAUGGCCAAAAAUCGCAAACGAGACGGGGUUCCGUGUAGAUGGGAUAUUCUUGGAUGAGACACCAAGCACGUAUUCGACCGAUGAGUACGAGUAUUUGAAGGUUGCGGCGCAAGCAGUGAGGAAUGGAACGACGUUUAAAGAUCGAUUUAUUGCGCAAAACCCAGGCCUGAUGCCGAGCGAAAUUCUAAACUCCCAUGCUGUGUACCAAGAAUCGUAUCUCAACCUUACCGACAUCACCGUCGUUUUCGAGGAAUCGUUCGACAGAUGGUUAGACAAGGACACAUUAGACCCUCUGCAAUCACACAACAUUCGGCGGUCGAAGCUCGCCGUAAUACUGCACGGAUUACCAAAUCUCACCAAGAAUGUGCUGGAUUUCAUGAUCGAUCAGGUGGAGGAGACAGCAGAUUGGCUGUUUCUUACCGAUGUGCAAGAGAAGGAUGAGUACUAUCAUAGUUUCAGCCCGAUAUUCGAGGCGAUGGUGAAGAGUGUAGAUGGUGCGGAACGAAGGCGGACGAGGAACUAG